CACACUUUUUGGCAGGAAGUCGGCCCUACGCGACGUUACGGACCGUUAUAGACAGAGGCGGAAUCGCGUGUGAGCUCACUAUCUGGCGGGGGUUGAGUGAGUGCUAGCGUCGUCGUUCCUGCGGUGUGUAAUUGUGUGAGACGGUGCCAUAGUGUUUGUGGACACCGGGGACACAGUCUCCGGUUUUGUCCAUACCUAGAUUUAUAUGUGUGCAUAUCUCUAUGUAUAAAAUCAAAGGCCCUAACACACUUAAGAAUAUGGUUUUGUCCUCAUCUGCUACUGUGCACAACUUCAUCAUUCUUCAUUUUUGAGGCUAGGGAAGGAAAGACUGCUGUUCUUACCUGGUCUGGCCUACAUGUGACUCCAGAUCUAGUGAUGUGGUUGACUCUGAAAUGGCCAAGCAAGCCACUUUGUUGUAUCAAAGUGCUACAAAUUCUGAUAAAAGGAAUCGGGCGGCCAACUUGGCAUUGACCAAGGCACUGGAAGCGACAAUAGCACAUAUGAACCUACAAAAUCCUCUUUACUGAGACCCUGAGACCCACAGACCCACCUGAGAUGGUGGCACAGUUGUAUACUUGGAAUUGCCUGGGGAAGUCCUCAACAUUGACACCGGAUCCCAUGAUGUCUUGAGGCAUCAGGUCCAAUCUCGCAGUUCUCUACAUUGGUUGGGGCCCCUACAUCACACUGUUGGCACUGUUUACGCUUUACCUUGCUAAAAGCUGUGCUGCCUAUCCAGAUGAAUGAAGACCCCAUUUGGGAAGCGAUCCAGUCAGAGGUUAUCUAUUGAUGCAGCAGGUCUUCCUAGUGUCUCUGGCAAUAUGAUGAAGAAGAAAAGUAAUCACAGGAAACACCGUAGUAAUAUGGGGCCAAGCAAGACAGUUUCUCAUUCACGACGGAACAUUGUAGGUUGCAGAAUUGAGCAUGGAUGGAAAGAACAAGGUGGAAUAACACAGUGGAAAGGCACAGUUCUGGAUCAAGUACCAGUAAAUCCUGCACUUUACCUUAUCAAAUAUGAUGGAUUUGACUGUGUAUAUGGCCUUGAACUUCACAAAGAUGAAAGGGUCUUAGGAUUUCGGGUCCUUCCGGAUAGAGUUUCUGUAUCUCGAAUCAGUGAUGUGGAUCUGGCAGAAAUGAUGAUAGGUAAAGCAGUUGAGCACAUGUUUGAAAAAGAUGAUGAUGGAGCUAAAGAUGAGUGGCGGGGAAUGGUGCUUGCACGUGCUCCAAUCAUGAACACGUGGUUUUAUAUUACCUAUGAAAAGGAUCCUGUCUUGUACAUGUACCAACUUCUAGAAGACUACAGGGAAGGAGAUUUGCGUAUUAUGCCUGACUCAAAUAAUGAUUCUCCGCCAGCUGAGAGAGAGCCAGGAGAAGUUGUAGACAGCUUGGUGGGUAAACAAGUCGAAUAUGCCAAAGAAGAUGGCUCAAAGAGGACUGGCAUGGUCAUCCAUCAAGUAGAAGCAAAACCAUCAGUGUAUUUUAUCAAGUUUGAUGAUGAUUUCCACAUUUAUGUCUAUGAUUUGGUAAAAACAUCUUAGACACACUUUCAUAGCGCAGUGGGAAGGCCAUAUUGGCCAACACAUGAACUAUUUCCACAUGCAGACUUUGAUAGACGAGGCUUCAAAAAGCCCAGUAAGCUAUUGUGAUUUCACAAUCUCUGCCAUUGACAACAAAUAAAACAAGUUUGAAUCAGCCAAAUGGUUCUACUAAUGUUACCAUUUAUGAUGGUUUGAAUGCAAGAGGGUUACUUGCAGAAGAAGCAAUCUAAAACCAGUAUUUUAGAAUAAGGGAACUAGGUUUCCAGGGUACUUUGUCACCCAUGGGAAACAAUAGGGGUUUCAAGGUACAAACCUAAAUUAGAGUCUGGAAAUGAAAUGAAAAUGUAUCAGUAUAAGACAAAUUAUAAUCGAACUUUCUGAAUUGAAAAAUAAUUUUUAAAAAAGGAUUAGACAAUAUUCAGUCUUAUAAUAUGUUUCUGUGUUGAUCUUUCUUUCGACAACUUGGUCCUUUUCUGAAAUCAAGUACAUCUUGUUUGAUCUUGAAGAAAGCUGCAAAUUUAUUAGAAUAUCAUUAAAAUACCUUUUGAUCUUGAUAAAACUGCAAUGAGCCAUACAUGUUAAAGGAACUGCACUUGAACAUUUUUCUUAAAUCCUUUUUGUUAAAAAAGAAGCAGAACUUAGGUAAAUUUAUUUAGUUAUGUAGUGAAAGUACAUAUAUGAAAGGUGAAAUUAAGUAUGUGAACUUCAUCAAUAUGGGAAAGGAACAGGGAUGAAGAGUAAGUUGUGAAAGUCUGUAGAAAAUGUAGUCACUAAAGUAUUUAUAAUUACCAAGGGUCUCCUAAUACAAAAGUGAUUCUUUUUAAAAUUCCUUCUUGGGUAUUAUCUGGCCCUAUUGCGAGGUGUACUUUAUUUUUGAACUGCUGCUGUGUGUCCUGAACGUGACCGUUCUGAAACAAAUGAGUUGCUUCAAAGUUCAUUUCCUAGGCAGCUUAAAUAACCACAUUGUUGAGUUGCAUAUAAGCCUGAUUUGACACAGACAGUUGGUUUCCUUCCCUAUAAAACAUUAGUGAACCAGUUGGGUUUUUCCAACAGUCCAACGAUUUAGUUUCCUCUUUAUUGAUUGAUUGUAUAAAUUCAAAUAUCAAAUGACCUAGUUCUGUGGAAUCUUAUAAGAGAGGGUGUCUGAAAUGAGUGUAUUAUUACUUUGUAUAUUUAUACCUGCCAAAUUAUUCUUGUUUUACCUUGGCUGGCUUUUUUAUGUAAUGAUACAUGUCAUCCACCUUGAGAAAAGUACAUCACUUGUGCGAAGAAGGUACACAUUUAAUUGAUUAUAAUAUUUUAAUUCUGACGGUUUCCGCUGAGUAACCUUAAUAAACGUGAACUGUGUAAUGUAGCUGAAGUAACUCCUAGAUUGAAUCUAGCUGAUUUGGAGUGAAUAUUGAUAAAACUAAAUAUAAUACUUUUAAAAUGCAUUGUGCAAAAUAACAUGUAAGCUGACAAAGAUAACAUUUUCUUUUAAAAGAAAAUUCCAUUAACAUCCCUAAGCUACUUGUCUAUUAAAUCUCUAAAGUUACAUGUCAGAAUAAUCUAUAAAAAUAAAUUUCUGUCAAUGCUCAGUAAGAACUUCCACUCAACAACAAUAAUAAAAUCAAUGUUCGCAAAACUGCUGUUUUCUAGAUGUCAUUGGGAUUAACUGAGUAGAAUGGCAAUCCAGAUGACACAGUCUGUAUUUCCAAAUGCUGCUGAUCGUAGCUUUCAAACAAGAAUAUUUUACAACAAGUACAAAUAAGAGCACAUUAUGCCUCUGAGGAAAGUCACCCGCCUUGGAAUUUAGAAAUGAUUUAGAACAUUGUAUCUAAAAUAACUAAGCACUACAUGAGGCUACAUAAUGUUUUCCUUACUACACCUUUUGGAACUUCUGGUACCAUGUGCAUUUCAAAGUAUUCCAGAUGGAAUUUCAAGUUAUACCAUAGCUUUAUAACCACGGUCUGUACUCCUAUUAAAAUAUACUAGCAUUUCUGAUUUCGUGACGUGAGGGAAGUGUAAACUUUAACAAUGUAUAACUUUUAUAUAGAUGUUUUCUCUCAGAUUGUUAAAGUUCGAACUCUUUCAAUUCCUCCACCACCAUCAUGAUGCUUGAUGUUUCCUCAGUCUCUCUUGAUAUUGGUGAUAUACACUGCGAUAUGAUUCUACGGACACUGGUAGAAAAUACCUCCCCCAAGUGAAUGAUUAACAUUUAUAAAUCUAAUUAUUGCAGGAUCGCAAAAGAGGCGUAAUAUCAGAAUGCAGAUAGAGCCACUGUGUAGUGAACAGAGUUAGUAUGUUUCUGUACUUUUAUUUGUCCCUCCUUUAGUGAUUGAAAUCUCCUUCCGCAUGGUGUGCAAACAUUACAGUUGACCCUAACUAGCUGCAUAAACUGGAGCUUUCCCUAUCUAUAAAUUCUACGUCAUAUCACAGUGCAUAUAUAAAUUGAGUCAUUGGGAAUUCUAAAAUUAUACCUUUCAAAUCAAAUUUUAUUACCAUUGUGUAUAAAAUAUUUCACCUUUAUUGUGAACACAACUUUGUGGUGGAUCUGUUAUGACGCAGUUUUAAAUUUUGGUUUUGAGAGACCUUCACAUGAAAAUUUCAUCUUUGUUGCUCCUCCUUUAAUAUAGGAGUAGAUAUGAAUUUUAGCCUUUUGUGUAUUCUUCGUUGCGCUAAGCCAUUGGUCUUAAUUGACUGCAUGUAGUCCUGUGAACGUAUGCCUGCUUGGUUAAUUCAUAACACAGUAUAUUUCUUAUGUAAAUGGUACUGUUUUAAAUAUUCUUUUCAAAGUUCUUUCAUGCACUGGCCCAACAAUUUGUAAUUCAGAAGUGAUUUACUUGUGCUCCUGCUCUUAAUUCUAGUACUGUAUGCUAGAAUAACCAAUAUAACAAUUUUUAAAAAAUACUGCUGUAUCAUAGGUUUUUAAACUUCAGUUAUUUUUCUUAGACAAAUCUUUAAUGUGUUUAUUCCUUGAGCUACCUUAAUCUUUACUUGCAGUUAAAUCGACAAGCGUUUUCAAGAGUCUAUGGUGGAAUAUUGACUGUUUGUAAAAACCCUGCUUUUAUGUAAUUUUUGGAAAGGAAUUCUGAAUCUGGACACCAAGAAUUACAAUACUAAGGAUUCUUUAAAGGACAUAUAUUCACUUUAUUUAUUUAAGUUGUAAUUCUUUAUCUUAUGGCUUGUACCUAAAAUGUGGUGUGCCAGACACCAUUUAUAAAUGCAUUACUGAUGUUUAAUCUGAAAAUGACCACAUGAACGAACUGUAUUCCUCCAGUAUUCCAAUGUGGGCAACCAAAGGCAGGUUACUGUGUUCUUUUAAAAUAACUUCUGCUAGGAAAUAGCCCCUUGAUGCUGUAUUAUGAGGCAGUUCUAACCCAGCUAAAUCUCUGCAUUGUUAACAGGGAGUUUAAACCAAUUCAUCAGAUCUGCAACUCAGUAUUGGCAGAAUUUCUGCAAGAUUUGUUAAUUUGUAAAUGUUUCUAGAGUAAGGUUUGCUAGAAGAUUUUAAAUCACAUCCUUAUUUGUAGUUGGGCCAAAUGUUACUUCAUAUUUUAGAUCUUUCUGCAGAAACAUAAAUUGGGCAGGGAACACCAAAUUAACAAAUUGAUCUUCAAACAGAAUUUCUUACAGAUAUGAAUGCAAUGCUCUCAUGAUCUUGAUUAACAGUAGAACUUUUCUGGGGAUAUCCAACAUUGAUUUAUAAAAUAAUUCCUGGAGCUUGCGGUUGUAACUGACACAAUCUUGGAUAUGUAUUUAAAAAGUAGUUGAUCAUUUAACUUGGGUUGAAUAACUACUGUGUGUGAAGUACGGAUUCUGUAGUGUGAUUUUUUUUUUUUAGAAAUGCAAAUCUUGUGUUUUCUGCAUGUUCUAAUGUUUCACAUAAUCUGCAUUGCAUGUAACACUUUUUUAGGUUGCCUGCUUGCUUAUCGUAUUGUCUGAUUGUUAGCUAGGAUGAAAUGCAUCGAUUUUAGAACAGUGCCAAAUGUGGUGGCUUAUGUCUUAAAAGGGACCAUACUUUUUCCUUUUUUCUCAGAGCGAUGGGGGUGGUAGGGAGGUAGGAAAUUCUUCAGUCAAUUACUAAAUGUGAAAAAGCUAGGUUUACCUUUUUUUAAACAUGUAUCUCCACCCCUCUUGUAAUCAGAACAUUAAAAAAAAAUGUUUGUGCCAAGUCUGGUAAAGAUACAAGUUUGAAAUUGUACUUAUUGGCGCUUUUAAGCUUAAGGGGCCUUUUGUUAUUAAAGUAAAACGCACAAAAUGAGCAUUUAUUGACACUUGUGCCUUGAGCUUGUUGCUUUUUUCUCUUGUCAAUCUGGCAUUUGUUAUACAGUUAAUUUAGUUCAGAUGGUGGUAUAAUAGAGAUAAACGUAGGAGGGAGCUUGAUAUUGGACGUCAUGAUUUGACUCACUUUUGUGGGGAGAAAAAGUCCACUAUUUCCAUGUUACUAAGUUUUUGAAAUGUUCUUGAAUAAGGGGGGAGACUAUCACCUUUAGAAUACAGUUGCAAAAUGUAUGGUCCUUCAAUAGUUACAAUGCUUUUUAAAGAAAACCCAGCUUAACAGUUCAUGGUAUAUGUAUAGUUAAAAUGCAAUGUUGAUGUUUGCUUCUGGAGUUCAGCAAAUUUUCAUGUAUAGACGUUGUAGAUUACGUUGCUGUAUGCCAUUAGAUCUGUAAACAUUUCACAUCUUAAAAUCUGUUUACGUAUGUAAGGUUUUUUAUAAUUAUGUUGUAUAAACUUUAAACAAUAAAUUUCUGUGCAGUUUAAAUGCGUAUAAAACGCAUUUUAA